UCCUCUGCGAUCACCCUGGCCCGGCCCGCCGCUUCGCGUUCGACCGCAUCCACCUCCACAGAGAGGAAAAAAGGUACGCCGAGGAAGCCGCUCAGCUCGAGAGCUGGUUCAACUCCCCGCUCCUGGACAACCUCCAGGAACUCGAUAUCGUCUUCUCGCUCUUGGAAUAUUCGUGUGGGCAGUCUGAGAAGGAGAAGCGCUAUCCGCUGCCACCGUCGGUGUUGCGCUUAGCACCAACCCUCCAAUUGGCCAGGAUUGGCUCCUGUGAUUUUCCAACGGAGAUUUCACCAGCGCUGAAUUUCCCCCUCCUCAGGCAGCUCGACCUACGGCGCGUUUCCAUCUCCGAGGAUGUCUUCUCCGGGGUGCUCUCUGGCUGCCAUGUCUUGGAGAACUUAUACUUGUCGGAGAUUCGUGAUGUAGGUUGCCUCCGCAUAUGCUCGCCAACUCUCAGGAUCAUCGUCAUCUCUUGUUUGUUUGAAGACAACGGAGAAUUGGUCAUUAUGGAGGCCCCUCGCCUUGAAAGAUUGCUGUUAUGUUAGCCAGGCUCAGGUAGUGAGAUUAUCCGGGUUGUUAGCGCACCUAAACUGCAGAUGUUGGGCCUUUUGUCUCCCUGCAUCUCAGAAAUUGAAAUUGCUAAUAUAGUCUUCCAGGGAUUGAUCCCAUCCAUCUCGGAGAACUCAAUAAGCACCGUAAAGGUUUUGGCUCUCAAGUUUUCUGGCCCUGCUUUGGGUGCAGUUCUCAACAUCCUUAGAUGCUUUCCCUGCUUGGAAAAGCUGUAUGUCAUUUGGGAUGAAUAUGUAAAGGCAGAGAUAAAAAAUGUGCGUGAGUAUGACCCACUAGAUCCAAUCAAAUGCCUUGAGAACCAUCUCAAAGUAUUGGUAUUGAAGAAUUACAAAGGUGGUGAGGAAGAUGUUGGCUUUGCCAAGUUCUUUGUUUUGAAUGCAAAAGUGCUAAAGGAAAUCAAAUUUGGAGUUUGUAAGAAAAUUGACAUCGACAAGAAAUGGAUGACUGAUCAACUCAUGCUGCUAGAAGUGGAAACAAGACCUUCACCUGACACUGUAUUCAAAUAUAGAAGUGGUUCUUCUUGUUGGGACACUUAUUUGGAUACCGAGGACUUAUCCGUUGCCGACCCUUUCAGCUGUUGUUUUUUAGACGGGUAGAUACUCUUUCAGAAGCAUAUCUGUGAUCUGUCAAUGGCGUAUCUCCUUGGUUGCUUCGUUCGCAAAUUAUGUACCUGAUGGUUGUGCUGUCUUCCGUCUGGAAGGGAAGAUCGUGGAUGCAGCCUAGUUAAUUCUAAGUAUCAGUCAACAGGGCAUGAUU